CGCAACAGUUUUGUUAUUUUUGAACGCAAUUUACGAUCUGUCAUUUACAUUAUCAUGGCGGAGGACGAGGACGGUGUAUCAAAUAAGAAAUCGGCCCAAAAUUCAAAUAAUGCAGGGUCUUCUCAGGACAACGAACAGAACAGAACGGAUUUGCCAUACUUCCCCCGUCUACUAACCCCGGAAACUGACGAAGCGAAAUGUAAUAAUAGCGAAAACGGCGAUGCGUCGCUCGCUGAAGCAAAAAGUUCGUCUUCGAAGUCCACCGGGGCGACACGGAAGGAGGAGAACCCGUUUUCGUUCCGGCAUUUCCUGAAGCGCGACCUGUCGCUGCCGGGCACCUCGACGUACGAGAGCACGGGCGCCCGGCCCAAGGUGUACGCCAGCACGGUGCAGCACUCGCCCACGCGGCCCGACGCCGCGCGCGACCCCCAAGCCAAAGAGAAGAGCGCGGAGCCCCGCGCCAGUGAUAAUACGUCCCCGAAUAGUUCCGUAGAGGUGUCUCAUAAUAGUGCAGUGGAUAAUACCGAGUGCGAUCGUAACCCGUACGCGGCCGGCGCGGACCCGCAGCCGUACCGGGCCGGCCCGGAGCCGUCGGGCAUGCCCUCGCUGCCCGACUUCGUGCAGGAUCACAUACUAGUGGAGCAGGCCUACCUGAACUCUAGCGGGCCAAUAUCAGUGGAUCUGGACAAUCUGCCGGAUUUUACGUUUAACACAAAUUACAACGCGGGGGGCGCGGGGUCGCUGGGGCGGCGAGGGUCGCGUAGUUAUGGCGGACGUGGUUACAGCGAGUACGCGGCCGUGCCGCUCGACCUGCCGCCCGGCGCCGAGGGCGCGCCGGCCGCCGACGUGCCGCUCAGCCUGGACCUCACCGAGUCUGUGAACCCCGCCGAUCGACGGAACAUGUCUCCCCACAACACAUUUCCAUUAGACCUGCCUCCCAAUGCUGGGGCAGAGUCCAUGCGGCUGCCAGACUUCCUGCCGGUGCACCCGGGACGGACUUCACCUGAACCGGAGCCUGACUUGCAGCCGUUGCUGCAGGAGCUAGAAAGGACAAGGACAGAGUUAAACGUGGAGCGGCGGCAACGUGCGCGGCUGGAGGACGAGCUGCGCGCCGCGCGGGCCGAGGCGCUGCAGGCCCGGCGCGACGCCAGGGCCGCGGGCGACGAUGCGACUUGUUUUUUUCAGUAUCGAGAAUCACCUGAGUCGGAAUCGUUGGUUAAUCAAUUGAGGAUACAGAUCAGGAGGCUCAAGGAGGAGCUGGCGGGCGCGCAGAGCCAGCUGCGCGCGCACCGCGCCGCCCGCGCCGCCGCCGCCGCAGAGCUGCGCGCCGCCGCCGACGUCGCCGACGCCGAGCUGCGCGACCUCCUGGCGGGCCUGGAUCAGCUCCGGACCCUGAGCCACACGCUGGACCCCACAUGACGCUACUAA